AUGAACCUGAGCGAGCUGGUUUCUGAUCCUAUUUUGAUACCAUUUGAUGAUACGUAUAUACUGUAUGAUCCCUCAGAUCCACUAGCAUAUGUAUUGGUAUACUUUUCAUUGCUUCCAAUUGGUAUCCUGAUCUUCUAUUUCUCGUGGUUCUUAGCCACUAGAGAGCUGGAAGCCGUGAUUAUCGCAGGCGGGCAAUUGAUCAACGAGAUCCUGAACAAUAUUCUCAAAAACAUUAUUAAAGAACAGCGUCCGGCGUCUUUUGGAAACUCUUUCCAAAAGGAUACGUUACGAUCGGCAUAUGGGAUGCCCAGUGCACACUCGCAAUUCAUGGGGUUCUUUCUUGCGUAUUGGUCGCUGAAAUUGGUCUUGCAUUGGGAAGGAAUUGGCAGCGUUCGAAAAACCCUAAGUAUUUUAGCCGCAGUCUUGACCACAGCAAUGGUAGCAUUAUCCCGCAUAUACUUGGGAUACCAUUCUGUGGCCCAAGUGAGUGUUGGAAUUGCCCUGGGAGGAUUUUUAGGAUCUUCGUAUUACCUGGCGGUUGGUAUUGUGCGCUAUUUAGGCAUUGUGGACUGGCUAAUGUCGUGGCGAAUAGUCCAACGCUUGUGGGUUAAAGAUUCCUUUAAUUUUAGCUCCUUGAGCUUGAAAGAAGAGUAUGAAGCUUGGAAUCUUAGAAAUCUCUCCGCAAAGCACAAGAAAGAAUCGUUGACCAAGAAAAAUUUGUAA